UGUGUUUUUAAUUCGUUUAUAUUUAAUUUUAUGCGACUAAGCUUUACCUGGACACCGACGGACCUGUUUUCUAUUGUUGACCCACGCUAUCUUUUUUGGACUCUGAUUCUCAUUUCGAUUUGGUUACUUUCGACGAUGCCGCUUGAUAGAAAAUGCUGUGUACCGAACUGCAGCAAGACACGAUUGGAUGGAACAAUAUUACAUCGUUUUCCUAAUCCUGAAAAAGACCCAGACCGAUUUCGUACUUGGCUCUAUGCAAUUGGUGGAGAUAUAUUAGCACUGGACAACAAGACCAUUCAUAAAUAUGGAAGAAUAUGUCAUCAUCAUUUUCAAGCUCGAUUUCAUACUGCUAGUAAUAGACUAUGUGCCAAUGCAACACCAACCCUGAAUCUACCAGGAUUCUUAAUUAAACGUAGGGAACCCCAACAAGAAGUUGGCAACAUCAAUGUUGAAAUCAUAAGUCAGUCGGACAAAGCUGAAGACAUACAUCAGAGCAAACCAUCAUCUUCUAACAUCGGUAGAAAGCCCCUGCAAGAAAUUGGCAACAUAAAUAUUGAAAUAGUUGGUCAAUCGGAUAAAGCUGAAGACAUAAAUCUGAGCAAUCCAUCAUCUUCUGAUAAUUUAUUUACAAAGAAGAAAUAUGGUAAAGAAAAAAUCCACCAGCCUGUCUUCAAAGGUUCUGUAAAACGUGGACUACCACAAUGUAAAGAACUAUCUUUCCUUAAGGAAAAAAUUAAGAAGAUGCAAAAAACCAAAGAUAACUAUGCAACAAAAUUGAAGAAAGCACUUAAAUUAACAGAAAAUUCUACAUUUUUAAAAGUUACGAGUAAUUUUACAACUGCUGCCAUGGUGUUUUUCAUGAUGCAGAUUAAUCUUGCUAAUAAAGGAAAAUUUGGAAGGAGAUACACCAAAGAAGAAAAAAUAUUGUCAUUAGCAUUUUAUAAAAUGGGACCAAGAGCAUACAGAUGGUUUAGAAGCUUUUUAGUUUUACCUGCUCCUGUAACUUUAAGUCGCAUGAUUUCUAGUGCAAACUUGAAACCAGGCAUAAAUGAAAGCAUAUUUUCCCAUUUAAAAAAACGAGCUUCAAAAAUGUCAGAAACAGAAAAAUUAUGUGUGUUACUUUUUGAUGAGAUGGCACUCACACCUCAUUUCGAUUAUAAUAGAAAAAAAGAUUUAAUUAGAGGUUAUGUAGAUAAUGGAAUAAAAGCAGCAAACAAAAUCGCGGACCAUGCAUUAGUUUUCAUGAUAAGAGGUAUCCAAAAAAAUUAUAAGCAGCCACUGGCUUACACGUUUUGCAGCGGAAGCACAUCUAAACUAGAACUAAAAAAUCAAAUCAAAGCUAUUAUAAGCAAAGUGCAAUCUACUGGAUUAAAAGUUAUAGCAACCAUUUGUGAUCAGGGAUCCUCAAAUGUUAGUGCCAUCAAAGAACUUGUAUCAGGAAUAAUAUGCUGA